GCCUCCCCCACGGGAUUGGUUCAGCAGUUGCGAUUGGAAGUUACAGACCGGCGCAUAUCGAUGAGCGUUGAGAGCUUUCGAGCGUGGAUUCGUGCUGCGUUGUUGGUGGACAUAGAAGAGCGGAACGCGCGGUGGUGACUUGAAAACGAUAUCGAAGGGUAAUUUUCCCCAUCGGAGGGGAACUGUAUUGUUGUGAUUAGUGACCAAUUGGGCUAUUACAGACACAGAUUGAGGGGGGUUCGGCAACAACGACGACUACGACGUUGACAUGAGUAAUAAGCUUAAGCCGAGCGGCGAUUAUCAGCCGGUCCCGCGUGGUAGUGGAAGCAACGGCAGGGCAGGCCCAUUCAACGAGGUGGAUCAGCACUUGCUGGAGGAAGGAGACAAAAUACCAUUCGUUGAUUCCGAGGACGAAGACGACGACGACGAUGAUCGCGACGAUCAUUCCAACAGAGGAAGCAGUGGCAACGCGUCCGACGACGAAGACGAUAUCAUGACCGAAAGCCAGGAGAACCUAGCGAUGGCCUACGUUAAUCGGUACAAAAUGCCAUCCCUGUCGGAACGGCGGAACCAGGAGAAGCUAACGGUUACGAUCGAGCACGAGAAAAAAUUGCCACCGAGUGGACAUGAUCUCAAAGAGGAAGCCAAGGAUGUCCCCACAGAGCUCAAACCCGUCCAGGAUAGGGCGAUCGGGCUGCGGAGAAAUUCUAUUUCUUUGCCUACCUUGACGGUAGAGGAUUUAGAUGCUCUUCGACAGGCCAGGAUAGACGAGGAAGAAAGCAAAAUUCUGGUAGUGGAAAAUCGCAGCGUCAGCACCGAGACAACAGCAUCUCCGGAAACUCCAAGUUCUCCGCAGAGCCUCAAGCCGAUGCUUCACUUCGACAGUAGCAGCGAAGAUGAACAACCAAAAAGUCCAAGGAACCUCUUCCGGAGUAGACGCCGUGGAUCGAUUGCCCCGCUGCCGGCGCUGAGACUCAACGAUAAGGAAAUGAUGGCGAACGACUUCGACACGCAGAGCGUGCUGAGCAAUCAGAAUUCCAUCACCAGCAUCAACUCGCUGGCCAGUUUGCUCAAGGAGAAGAUGCAGCUCAUCCCACGAUCAUCGCACGGAAAAGAUUAUUUUACAUUCACGACCCCACAUUUUACAUCACCACUGAACGUUCCGGCUAUGAUUCGGAAAAAGAAAAGAGAGACCAAAGACUACAAGCUGCGCGUCUUUGUCGGCAUGCUGUUCCUUAUCAUUGUAUUUCUUGUUGGAUAUGCGUAUAUCAUGUACAAUCAGAAGCUACUAGCUAAAUCCUACUUUGAGAGCGUGAAGCUGAACAAACAGACAAGGGCGCUGCGGAUUCUGGAUUCAAAGGGGAAUGACGUGCUGCUGACUGGAAUGCUGGGCGUGGACAUCACCAUUGAUAAGCCGUACAAAUGUUUGGCGAAGGAUCUUCGGACAGAUGGCAGCGUUUGCUACGAAUGGAACUCUGUCGUUAGGUUGUACAUGAAUCAGGAUAAGACUGUUGCGCAGGAUAUCAAGUGCUACAGCUUCAGUUGGGAAACACUGGUGGAUAACUACUAUCCAACGGAUUGUUUCGACUUGGGAGAAGAAGUUUACUGGUACGGUGGAGGCCUUACCAAGAAUGUAGACUACUUAUUGAACAAGGCGUCAUUCGAUUUUGCCCCUUUUGUAACAGGUGACAUCAACGCAAAGCAGUGGGGCAAUGCAUUGAAGAGGUACUUUUUGAACACAAAGGGUAUUGCGAUUCUGGUGGAUGAACGCACUCCACUGUACGUCAGUAUUAACCGCAAUAACAAUAAUCAGAUUUGUCUACGCGGCAAGAACGAUAAUUUUGCAUACGUAAACAAACUUGCAAACUAUUCUUCUUUGGAUUACAAGGUAUGCACAGGCCCAGAUAUGAAGACCGUCCAUAAUGGUCUGACGCAAAAGAGUUUGUGGGACGGAUUGACGGAAAACGACAAUGCCAUCAUAAAAUCUCUUCUCAAAGAGCCAGUUUGGCAAAUUCCAGCAUUUUCCCAAGAUGAACUGACAGAAACAGUUAUCUACAAUUACACGGAGAACGUUAUUGCAUCAGGAUAUCUACACGUAGGCCACGUCCUGAUCAACGAGUUCUGGCAGAAAAAUAUUGGUGAUUUCAAGUUCGAUCCUGACCGGUUCCCCACUCUUGAAGAUACCUUUAACAUUCUUCAUCGCCGAGGAUUCCGAAUCUCACUCUCAAUCCAACCUUUCAUUAGUACAGAAAGUGAAAACUUCUUGGAAGCAGUUGACAAGAAACUUCUUAUUUACGAACGUGAAUCUGAACGAAGUAUUCCUGCUCUGACGCGCUACAAAAGCUUGGCCAGUGCCGGUGUCCUCGAUAUAACGAAUAACGAAACCUUACCUUGGUUGAGAAAUCAAUUACAGAAAAUCAAAGAAUCAGUCGGAAUUGAUUCGUUCUACCUGGAUUUUGGUAAUGCGUACAGCAUGCCAAGAUAUUAUCAGUGCUCAACUACUUUAGACAAUCCGGAUCAGUACAAAUCUAUCUUCAUGAAACGCGUCGAGGGUAACAUCAAUAUUUUUGGAGUUUCAAGUGCCAUUACAGUUCCUCGUCCUCCAGCAUUCCUCAGUCUUCCACCGGUCAACAGUUCUUGGAUAGGCCUUCGAAGCAUAAUCCCUACCGUUCUCUCAUAUGGAGUUAUCGGCUUUCCAUUCAUCAUGCCUGGUCCGGUUGGAGGAGAUUUUGUACUGACCUCGAACUACACAAAAAUGCAUUCCUUCUAUCCGAUGAGAGCUCCUCCACUGCCCGAAGUAGAACUGUACAUUCGAUGGAUCCAGAUGGCUACCUUCCUACCAGUUCUUCGCUUCACACAUCUUCCUUCUGAGUACAAGAACGAUUCGCUGACGGACAUAGCCAAGGAGCUGUCGAUCAUUCGUCAGAAAACGGUAAUGCCCUUGCUGGAGCAGUACUCUAGCGUGGCGAUGGAUGAAGGGCUACCCAUCAUCCGCCCACUCUGGAUGAUGGAUGCGACCGACGUAAAUUGUUUGUAUAUUGACGAUGAGUUUUCGAUCGGAGAUGGAUUGAUUGUGGCACCGAUAAUCUAUCGCAGUGAUACCAGCAGAGAAGUGUAUCUACCGCAAGGCGUUUGGAAGGAUGGAAUCGAUGGAUCUUUGCGUAAAGGCAGCCGGUGGAUUCACAACUACCAUGUGCCAUUGAACAAGGUGGCAUAUUUUGUUAAAAUGCCCGAUAAUACGCGCUUUUAGGGCAUGGUCCCCUACAAAAUAGUCAAAAUGGUUAUGAAUCACAGUGAUUUGGGCAUUCCAGCAAGUAACCCUUGCCCUUAAAAGAUAUCGAAAAUUUAGUUUUAAUUUAUCUCAUUGAGCCUCAGUCAGCCUAGUUAAUCAAAAGAUAAGGGCUUAGCCAAAAAAGUAUUAAGUUAAUGUGUUAAGUUUCACUCAUUUCAGUAGCUACUCAAUUAAAAAGAAAUUCUUUCAUAUUCUGAGUAAAUAAAGUCGAACAAAGAAAUUAA